CAUUAUAUAAUGGAAUAGCUUCCAAACCCCAACAAAGAGAGAGAUAUAAUUGAGUAUUUGUAAGAAGAAAUUACUCAUAUUAUUGAGAGAAGAGUGGAAGGAACAACUAUGGCGGCAAUACACAGCUGUUCUUCCUCCUCCUCCUCUCUCAUCCUCAGAUUUCUAAUCUCUGCUUCUCUCUCUCUUUUCUUCCUUUUCAGCUCUUUCAAUAAUGGAUAUGCUUUCGAAAGAAGACAGACCACACAAAAGCAUCAAAAUAUUCAACACACUACUCAUCAUACUAUUCAAAUUACCUCUCUGCUACCGUCCUCUGUGUGUAGCCACUCUCCCAAAGAUCACAGCAAAGGGGCAUCUAUGAAAGUUGUCGACAGACGUGGACCCUGCUUUCAAACAAGUCAAGACAAGGCCAAAGUUCCAACUGAUCUCACUCAGAUCCUAUCUCAUGACCAGUCCCGAGUCAACUCAAUCCACACUCGACUCGGCUUCAACUCGGGCAAAAACAGUUUGGAGGACUCAGAGGCCAACCUCCCAGCCAAGUCCGGCAGCUCACUGGGUUCCGGCAACUACGUCGUCACUAUUGGACUCGGAACCCCAAAGAGAGACCUGUCGCUCAUUUUCGACACCGGCAGCGACCUCACCUGGACUCAGUGCCAGCCAUGCGUCCGAGUCUGCUAUAAACAGCAAGAACCCAUUCUGGACCCCUCCAAGUCCACCACAUAUUCCAACAUUUCAUGUAACUCGGCAGUGUGUUCUCAACUCAGCUCCGCCACCGGUAACUCACCGAGUUGUUCCGCCUCCGCGUGUGUUUACGGUAUACAAUACGGCGACCAGUCAUUCUCCGUCGGAUUCUUCGGGAAGGAGAAGCUAACCCUAACCCCCACCGACGUGUUCGACGGCUUCCUCUUCGGCUGCGGCCAGAACAACCAAGGACUCUUCGGUGGAACCGCCGGGCUGCUAGGGUUAGGCCGGGACAAGCUCUCCGUCGUGUCCCAAACUGCUCAGAAGUACGGCAAGUACUUCUCCUACUGUCUUCCGUCUUCGUCGAGCUCCACCGGACACUUAACGUUCGGGAAAGGUGGAAACCCUAGUGCCCUAAAGUUCACCACCUUGGUCUUGAACCCACAGAAUCCAUCAUUUUACUUCAUCGACAUUGUGGCGAUAGCCGUCGGUGGAAAGACAUUACCGAUCAAUAAAUCGGUUUUUUCAACUGCGGGGACGAUUAUAGACUCCGGCACGGUGAUAACCCGGCUACCACCGGACGCUUACACCCCCUUGAAGUCAGCUUUCCGGCAACAGAUGAAGGGUUACCCGAUGGCGCAACCGCUUUCGAUAUUGGAUACUUGCUAUGACUUCAGCAAUUACAACACUGUGAACAUACCUACAAUAAGCUUCAUCUUCAGCGGAAAUGCGAGGUUGGAUAUAGACCAGUCCGGGAUACUCUACGCGUCGAGUACGUCGCAGGUGUGUUUGGCUUUCGCCGGAAACAGUGAUGCCGGUGACGUGGCAAUUUUCGGGAAUGUGCAGCAGCAGACGUUGGAGGUGGUGUAUGAUGUUGCUGGAGGGAAGCUAGGGUUUGGGCAUGGAGGGUGUGCUUGAAUAUGGGAAAAAUGAAAGAGGAUGAAUAUUUGAAUAUUAGGGUUUAAGAAACACGUGACAAAGAUGUUUUAGGCUUGAAAAAAAAAAAAUGAUGUGUAUUGUCUAUUUGUUAAAGCAAUAUGUGGAAAAUAAUAUGGACCAAAAAAACAUGGUCGAUAAAUGUGUACUAAUAGACAAAGAAUGUUUUCAAGUAAUUUGAAGAUUCGACUUUGGCGAUA